AUGAACGAACGCGACGAAAAAUGCAAUGGUGUGACAUGCGAUUGUAAAGGUUUGAAAGGUCGCCCUGGCACAAUUGGUCCUAAAGGGUUUCCUGGGGCAGAGGGUCCACCUGGAAACUUGGGCCCAGAUGGUCCAUCGGGGCGACCGGGUGAAAGAGGUGAUCCUGGCGAAUAUGGCGAGCAAGGCGAGAAAGGUCACCGUGGCGACCCAGGCGAGCAUGGUCUCUCCGGUAAACCGGGUCUUCGUGGCCCGACCGGUGAAGAUGGUCCUCAUGGACCUCGUGGUAUUGAUGGCUGCGACGGUACUCCGGGUCAAAUGGGUUCACCUGGCAUUCCAGGCAGGCUUGGUGGCCGUGGUGAAGUCGGUAAGCCUGGUCCUCCAGGUCCUCAAGGUGAUGCCGGUGAAGGUGGGAUCAAUUCAAAAGGCACGAAAGGCAAUCGUGGCGAACGCGGUCCUGACGGCUCGGAAGGUAUGCCGGGAUAUGAAGGCAUGAAAGGCUACAAGGGUGACACUGGCUUCUCUGGUGCUAUGGGGAGAAAAGGAGAAGAAGGUUUAAAGGGGUAUAAAGGCGAAAUGGCUGAACCGGCAGAUUUACAAUUGCAACUACUGGGACAUACGGGCGAUAAAGGUGAACCUGGCGAGGGCGAAGGUGCUGAAUGGAAACCAGGGAAACUAGUAAAGGGUUACAAAGGUGACAAAGGACCAAUCGGCUUCAACGGUUUCCCAGGUAUGCAAGGCGAAAUGGGUGAAUUCGGCCGUCCAGGUUUACCAGGUGCUCGGGGCGAUAUUGGCGAGCCUGGUGAAAGAGGUAAACCAGGCAAAUCCGGUGAAUCGGGCUUUCCAGGUGCAAAGGGAGUAAAAGGUGCUCCCGGGUAUAAUGGAUUAGACGGGGAAGAUGGCUUGCCUGGUGAACGAGGCGAUGAUGGAUUCGAUGGAAUUCCUGGUGUUCAGGGGCCUGCAGGUCCUCCUGGAUCCUACGAUCCAAACUUAGAUAUAUCACUUCCUGGCCCUAUUGGGCCUCAAGGUGACAUUGGUAUUCCUGGACCUCCUGGUCUGCCUGGAAUACCCGGAAAACAAGGCCGCCAAGGCCCUCGGGGUCCUACGGGCAUUCCGGGUGAUGCAGGCCUCGACGGUUUACCUGGCCGUCGUGGUAUCAGUGUGAAAGGAGACGACGGUGAUUACGGUUUAAUAGGAUUCCCAGGUCCAAUGGGUCCUCCAGGUUAUGCUGGACCUAUAGGUAAGGUAGGAGAGACUGGAGCGCCAGGAAAAAAUAUUUUAGGAUCUAAAGGAUAUCGAGGAAAUAUGGGUCUAAACGGACUUGAUGGCUACCGAGGAGAUCGUGGUGACGCUGGUUUACCUGGUGACAAAGGUGAUCCGGGAAUUGGUGUAAACGUUGUAGGUCCUCCUGGUCCGGAUGGUCUACCGGGUCCUCGCGGUCAGCCUGGUGACGACGGUCGUCUUGGCUAUCCUGGAAUAAUAGGGGAUAAGGGCAUUCGAGGUGAUGAUUGUGGCAUUUGUCCCUCAGGCCCUCAAGGAAGUCGAGGAAUUCAUGGUGAUGCCGGUUAUCCCGGAGUUCACGGUGACAGGGGUUUACCCGGCCUGACAGGAGAACGUGGUCCUAGGGGCAUGCCAGGUAGACAUGGCCCCACCGGCUUUAAGGGCAUGCGCGGUCCUGACGGUAUUCCCGGAGAGCCUGGCCGUUCUGGUCCUCACGGUCGCCCUGGUAUAGUUAUAACUACUGGGAACCGGAGAGAAGCUGCGCGUGGUGAUACGGGCGAUGUUGGCGAGCGUGGCACGCAAGGGCAGCAGGGUGAUCGCGGGCUAAACGGUCAUCCAGGACUGUGGGGUUUAAAAGGUGAAGUUGGAUCCCGCGGAGAUUAUGGAGACGCUGGCCGCCCUGGUCGUGAUGGGUCAGCAGGUAGACCAGGAGGCAAUGGUAGACCAGGCCGCAAUGCAACUACUCCAAAAAUAUACUUAAUUGGGGACCCGGGUUAUGAUGGGAGAAAAGGCCAAAUGGGAGAAUAUGGUACCAUCGGAAACAAAGGUCAAAAAGGAGAACCCAAUCCAGGAACUUUUUAUGAUAAUAGAGGCGACAAAGGAGAGAAAGGCUAUGAUGGAUUACCAGGCCUAAGGGGUCUUAAGGGCUUCCAAGGCGAUGAAGGAAUACCUGGCAUGCCAGGUGACAUGGGCUUCCCAGGUCCUACAGUUCAGGGUCCAAUGGGUGCCAAAGGAUGGCCGGGUCUCAGCGGUGACAUGGGCUUGCAUGGUACGCCGGGGCUGAAUGGUCUUGAUGGUGAACCUGGAGAUGAUGGCUUGCUCGGCAGAAAAGGCCAACGGGGCGAUCCUGGACCAUAUGUUUUGCCCGGCGAUAUUGGUAUUGACGGCCGAUCUGGUCCAAAGGGUGAAAUGGGCGAUAUUGGCUUUCCUGGGCUGCCAGGACCAACAGGGAAGCCCGGCGUGAAAGGCGUGAAAGGUACGAAAGGCGAUAACGGUCCUCAGGGCUUGCAAGGACUUUCUGGAAGUAAAGGACAACGUGGCGAUAUACAACCAGGCUAUUCUGGCUUAGCCGGAGCGCCUGGACGGGACGGUAGAGUAGCUCCACAUGGACGAAAAGGUCAAAAAGGUGAAUCUGGGCCACCAGGACCUUCCGGUGUUCAAGGAGUAAAAGGUAGUAUUGGUUAUCCGGGGCGUAGAGGUUUGGUCGGCGACAAAGGCCAACCAGGUAUACCAGGUGCACAAGGAAUGCAAGGUUUUGUUGGCAUACCAGGUGAGCAAGGAGACCGAGGCGAAUUAGGGGCAGAUGGACGCCAUGGCGAUAUGGGCCCUAGAGGUGCACUCGGAUUGAUGGGAGCUAAAGGUGUAAUGGGCGAUUUUGGUUCUGUUGGACGACCGGGUAAUCAUGGAUUUCCUGGUCGCAAAGGUGCUCCAGGAACCCGUGGUAUUCCUGGCAGAGCAGGUCCUAAAGGUUUCCCUUCUCGCAGUGGCGUUAAAGGAGAAAUGGGUUUGCCGGGCUUUGUUGGACCUGUAGGUUACGAUGGGCUGCCAGGUCAAAAAGGAAUGCAAGGAGCUAAAGGCGAUGACGGAAUCGGUUCUGAUGGUUCACCAGGACUCAAAGGCGAAACUGGUAUACCCGGCCGAAAUGGGUUGCAAGGAUUGGCUGGUUUAAAAGGGCAACGGGGUGACUUUGGUGAAUUUGGUUUUCCUGGUCAAAUAGGUGAAGUGGGUGAACACGGUUUACCAGGCUACCCAGGUAAACACGGCGCGUCUGGAAUUAAGGGUUCCAUUGGUCCACUUGGUGCUUUUGGAGAGCAAGGUGCACACGGGGAUAUCGGCGAAGUGGGCUAUGCUGGUUAUCCAGGGAGUCCCGGCGACCGCGGAGAAUACGGUGUUGUCGGAGAAGUUGGUUCUCCUGGCGAGCAAGGUGAUGAAGGUGUACCUGGAAGACCUGGUGUAUUGAUGAUGUCCUACGCACCUCAAGGCGAUAAAGGCAAUCAAGGCUAUAUGGGUGAGUCUGGACCUAUAGGUGAAAGAGGUUAUGAAGGGAGUCCAGGGUAUCGCGGUCGCAAAGGAGACCGUGGUGACGUAGGCUUAGUAGGUUCAGCCGGAAUUGAUGGUAUUCCGGGUAUAAAAGGCGAGCAAGGUGAUAAAGGCUACCCAGGACCUUCUGGUCAAUCCUCAAAUUAUGCUGAACCAGGUGACGAAGGUGAUUCCGGCUACGAUGGCUUGCCUGGAAGGCCUGGCCGCACAGGUCCUAAAGGUGCACCUGGAGACGUUGGAAAUGAUGGCAUACAUGGGUCUGCGGGGCAAACCGGCAUAAGCGUCAUGGGUCCGCAAGGCAUGAGGGGUGAUGUUGGGUAUCCCGGCCCAAUGGGUCGCAACGGUCUACACGGGAUGACUGGAAGAAAAGGUGACCGCGGUGACAUGGGCCCUCGUGGUAUUCUUGGUGAUAUGGGCAUGAUAAUUCCUGGCAUUCGAGGAGAUAGAGGAGAGCCCGGACCACAAGGUAUGCGUGGUCAAGACGGUCGUAAAGGCGAACAGGGCAUGUCUGGUAGACCUGGCCGUUCCGGGCCAACAGGUCCUCCUGGGCCUCGUGGUCCAACAGGUGAUGCAGGUUGGAGCGGCAUUGACGGUUUAGACGGCCUAGUUGGAGAAGUUGGUGAGCCAGGUGUUACUUUUCCUUUUGAUUUUGCUCGAAAGGGUGACAGGGGCGAACCUGGUAUUGAUGGCUUUAAGGGCGAAAUGGGCGAGCUCGGUUUACCUGGCGAGGUCGGUUACCAAGGUGCUCAAGGUGUGCGUGGGUAUUCCGGCGAGCAAGGUUUAAUAGGUUUAAUAGGGCCCGAUGGGCCCAAAGGUGAUUUCGGCAUGAUGGGACAUCCUGGACGCACAGGUCUUUCUGGUGCUCCAGGACGUAAAGGGGAUAUGGGCAAUCCGGCACCACCACCACCACGUCCCAAGAGCCGUGGGUUUGUGUUCGCCCGCCACUCUCAAUCAGUACGCGUCCCUGUUUGUCCCGCAAAUACAAAUAAAUUGUGGGAGGGCUAUUCGUUAGCUGGCAACAUAGGCAGCAGUCGCACCGUCGGUCAAGAUCUAGGACAAUCCGGUUCUUGUAUGUUGCGCUUCAACACUAUGCCCUACUUGGUUUGUGACAUAAAUAACGUGUGCAAUUAUGCACAGAACAAUGAUGACAGCAUGUGGGUUUCAACAUCUGAACCCAUGAAUAAUGCCAUGACUCCAAUACAACCCCAAGAAGUGAUCAAAUACAUAUCCCGUUGUGUUGUAUGUGAAACUACCACACGAGUCAUAGCCAUGCAUAGUCAGAGUAUGUCUAUACCUGAUUGCCCAAAUGGUUGGGAAGAAAUGUGGACAGGUUUCAGUUACUUAAUGACAACAACUGAUAACACUGGUGGAUUUGGCCAAAACCUAGUUUCGCCCGGUUCUUGUUUAGAAGAAUUUAGAGCACAGCCGGUUAUUGAAUGCCAUGGACAAGGUCGCUGUCACUACUACGAUCCAGUUGCUUCAUUUUGGAUGGCUGUUAUUGAGGAACAUGAAAUGUGGCAAAUGCCUAGACAGCAAACUUUGAAAGCCGAUCAGACGAGCAAAAUUAGCAGAUGCACUGUCUGCCGACGAAAGAACGAUUCAUAUAUAACACGUUUGACACCUGUAGACUCAGCGGCCUAUGAAUUUAGAAGGGGUUAUGAAAGGCUAGCACCAGCUCCACCACCGCCACCGCCGGGUCCAUACAGACGUCCCCAUAAUCGACGUCCCUAUAAUCGCGGGCGCUAUCCACGUGAAGACACAACGGCACCCUAAAAUUUUGUAUAAACUUUUUCAUUUCCCUUCAAGUCUAAACUAAUUUAAGUAGAAAUUAAAAAUUUUUAAUGAAAAACAUCAAAAUUAUUUAACUAAUAAUUGCUUUAAGUUACGCAAUGAAUUUCUGCCAA